UAUUUUCACAAGCCGACAACGGAGAACAAGAGUUGCAUCUGCGCAGCCGCAGUAAGGGUUGUUAUGAAGUAGCGGGAAAUGCUACCCACUCGCAGAUCAGGAAAUACCUUCCAGCUAACGACGAUGCCGUCCAAACGGGAAAAUCAGGGCAAGUCGCAGGUCAUCUCUCCAGUUCUUUUCAUGACUGUGGAUGGUGAACCCAUGCGUUUCUUCCUGUGCCCGGGACCAGCCAAGGUGGAGCUCUUGCCCAGCAUCAAGGCAGGGGGAGGAAUGGUGUGCAAAGCUCAGGAGCCGGGGGCUGUCCUGCUUGUGGACCCCAAUGAGAUGGGGGCUCUCACGCAGAGCACAGCUCACUGGUACGUGUCUGCCCAAUACAUCCGGGACUGCAUAGAGAAGAAUGAGCAGCUCGAGCUGGAAGACUACAGGAUGAAGCCCGAUGCCGCAGACGUACAAUCUACCAAGAAGAGGGCAGCCAGGACCAGCACUUCCUCAGGUAGAAUACCUUACACUUCUGAAGAGGACGCCGCCAUCAUCGGCUAUGUCGCCACACUCAAGGAUAAGCUCAAAGGCAACCUGCUGUGGAAGCAAAUGGCAGAAAUUCACUUGACCCAACACAGCUGGCAGUCCAUGAAGUACCAUUACAUCUACAAACUGAUGGACAGACCAACAGAGGCCAAGGAGCAAGGCAGACGAAAUGGAGUCUCCAUGGCAGACGACAAACGAUCCGAUGUCCAACCGACAGCUGACCCCCCUUCUGAACCGGAUGUGACUCUCGCGGAGGAGGAGGUGGAGGAGGAGGAGAAGGAGGUGGAGGAGAAGGAGGUGGAGGAGGAGGUGAAGGAGGCAGAAAAGGAGGAGGAGGAGGAGGAGGAGGUGGGGGAGGAGGCAGAGGAGGAGGAGGAGAAGGAGGUGGAGGAGGAGGUGAAGGAGGCAGAAAAGGAGGAGGAGGAGGAGGAGGAGGUGGGGGAGGAGGCAGAGGAGGAGGAGGAGAACGAGGUGGAGGCGGCUCUUCCAUCCUUCCAUCUCCUGAUGCUGCCCGACACGCCGCCGUUGGAGCCGCCGUCCAGAAAGAAAGCCAGAACGUCGUCGCCUCGUGGCUCGCCAAAGGCAUCAACAUCAGCAGGAACGCCAUCGUCAAGACCUCCCCCACCCCCACGCCCAUCCCCACCACCACGUCAGCCAAUCGAGGGUGACCUCUCAGCAGACGGGGCUUCUAAUCCAGUGAUCCAGAAUGAGGCGGAGAAAACCGGUAAGAGUGGAGAAAAAAGGAAGUUGGGGAUCCUGGAGAUUGCUUCUGAAGAGUUUGAAGAUGACAGUGAGUCUGAUUAUGAGGAGGCCCAUGAUGUGCCUGAGCCCAUGAGCACCCAGCAACCCAGGGCAACGACCUCAAAGCACCCUAUGGGAACGCCCGAUAUGCCCAUGGAAACCAGAACUGUGGUAGAAACCGGACCUACUCCCAAGCCACACCUCUUCAUAUUUGACAGAGAAUCGCAGGAGGAAGGCUCCCAGCCAAUGGAAUGUGAGGGCGCAGCAGUCCCUGCUGGCCCUCAGCCAAUAAGCAAAGAGGCAGAAGUGGAGUCAAUGACCCAGGUGCAGUUGAAAGAGGACAUGCAGCGAAUAAGAGCGCUGAUGAAGCAGACUAACCAGAACCUUGUGAGCGUGACCAAGGCUCUGCUGAAGACAAGCGGGGACUUCAGCGCUGCCCUGGCUCUCCUGCUGAGGCCCGACUCGGCCCGGGGCCCCUUCUGGAGCCAAAGCGACGACCGGCUGCUGAUGACCUCUGACUCCGAGGCUCGCCAGCAACUCCAGAAGAGGUACGGCGAGCAGGGCGUGGCCAAGAGGUUGGUAUUCCUGGAGGGGGCGAAUGAUGCGGACGAUCCGCCAGAACUCAAUGUGCAUAAUGUAUGAACAGGUCUCCAUGUGUGUGCUCGUAAUGAGUUCAAACAACUGACGUUUCAUUAUGUGAUCAUGCACAUUUUUAAAAUUCUGUAAAUACCAUUUUUAUCAUUCUGUAUUCAUGCGUAGAAUAGGUUAUUUUCGAGUUUCGAAAAGACCAUCAAAGGGCCAUAGUUUAACCGACAGGUGUCCAUCCUGGAUAUUCUCAACCAGUCUUGAAUAGCAAAUUACUAUAUUGUAUUUUCUCCAAACAAAAUGUAUUUGUCUAUUUUAAAUGUUGGCUUAUUUUUUACUUUACCUGUAGCAGCCUUUUAAUGUAUCCAUAUCCGGUUUAACUUUAUUCGAUUUGAAGUGUUAAUUAAAUUGUAAAGCACCUUGUCUUUCAACAACAGGCCUAUCGUUGUGUAUCAUUAAGGUCAUUUUAGCAGUGUUCAUACAUUUUGCUAAUAGCUGUGUGAUGCAAACUAAAGAGAAACGAUUCAAACUUUUUUUUUCCUUUAAGAUUAUGAGUCUGAGGAAGGAUAAUAUUAAGAUGUAUAAAAUGUAAUAAAAUUGAAUUUAAAUUGACAGUGUUCGAUGUCGACCUCCUGAAUCUGUAUAGGCUGCACUGAUUUAAAAAACAAUUAUGAUUAAAUAAUUUCUGGGACUGAUAUUUACUGAUAGUAAAUUAACAUAAAUCGGAAUGGAAAGGUUACAUUUUGAAUUAGUUAGUUUAGUUGCUUUAUUAUCUUUAAACAAUUUAAGCCUUUGUAUUUUAGUGUUUUUGUUGACCAAAUGCCUUAAUAAAAUAUAUCAGAUAUCUGAGGUAGACAGAUAACGACAGCAUAUUUUUUUAUUCAAUCCAUCUUUUUAUUUCAUUUUACCCAAAUACAUUCUUCGUUGUUUUUUUUUGUUAAACAAAAUUUGACCCAGAGGAAGAACUGAAGGACCCAGAGGAUAAAUAAAUGCAAUCAUGUACACAGAUCGUAAAAUUAAUCAUGGAAGACGUGUGUGACAGAAAGAAACCAGGCAGAGGAACGAUACCCAACCACCAGCGCUGUUUCUGUGUUGCUAAUACAAAGAACAGGACCUUAUUCGGGAGAUCCUACCAAAAAUAUGGCAACAGUUAUUACUAUUGCUGCAUCUCAUUUAUAAAUCACAAAGUAAUGAUAGCUUAGACAAGGUUAUUUUUUUUGUUACUUAAUAACAGCAAACAUAUGCUGUUGCUUGACAUAAACCAAAAUAAACGUAAGACAGCAGUCAAUCAACCAUUUUAACCCAACAGUAUAUUGUUAAAAAGCAGUCGUAUAAAACCCACUGUUAAUACGAAAUAUUCACACACAUCCGCUUCCCCAUUUACAUUGUGUACAUAUUGACCUGAUCAUGUGAGUGCCAUUAGGAACAACAAACAUGCUGCAUUCCCCAGUAUUAAGACCACACAUCGUCCGGCUCCACUUGUGAAGUGGUAUGAUUCCUUUCCAUUGCAAGGGUUGGAUAACUUUAAUGAAAAUGUUCAUGAAUCUGAAAACGAGGACAAGCAAUGUCUACUACAACAAUGUUGUAGUAGACAUAAGCAAACACUGUAUUGAGUGUUUUUUUUUUUUUUUUUUAAUGUAUUCCGAGGAUUGUAACAUAGUUUGUAUAUUUCAUGUAGCACAUCUUUGCUUUGGCCGGCUGGUUAGUGUGCAGAUCAGACAGCCAGAAUGGGGUGUGGGUUAGAACCGCGUAGGUAAACAAUAGUUUUUGGUGAGUUAUAACCCCACGGUCAAUAAGUCAGGUCGUAUAAUGUGGGGCUACUGGAAUUUUACAAAGUACAGUACGAAGCAUGGCUCUCUGCUACUGAACAGGCUGGUUUUACAUAGACGUGAAGGUGUGAGAGACAUUUCGCUGUGAGUAAGGCCGUCUCCCGUCUACGUUUCAUGAAAUAGUUUUUUGUGUACAGUGGACAAAGUAUGAAACAAUCCGUCAAUACGCCUGGUAAAUAUGCGGAGACUUAUGAUUGGAAGAACAACAUAUGCAAACCGUUUGAAUUAGAUCAAACAAUGUAUGAUAAAACAUGAGAUAAUUGUUAAAAAAUAAAAACUUAAACAAAACAUGACACAAUGAUGGAUUAGAAAAGACUUGUUAAAAAAAAAAAGCACUAUGUAUUGCAGCUGUUGGGUUUAACAUAAGAUAUAGAAAAAGCAACUCAGAUCCAUUGCUCCUGCUGAAAUUACAGAGUUGUGGAAAUUGACAUUCUGCAUCGUUACAACUUCUACAUAGAAGAAGCCCUUUCCUUUGUCCAAGCAAACAAUAUGAUAAUACAAAUAUACACGCUUUGGCUAACACUUCCCUCCCCAUGCAAUCAUCAGUUAUUUUUUCUUUUCACACAUACCAUAAAAAGCACAAAAAGAGCAAAAUCUAAGAAAACACCAUCUGUUGCAUAUAGAACAACAUGAACAGAAAGGCCUUUGGGUUAUAAGAUCACAUGCCUACACUCUUCUCUACUCUGUCAAGUCCAGACCAUGGCUGGAUGAGUCUGGACAGAGACUGAUAGGUAUCCUUUUCUGGAACAGUGACCCCUGCUGGUCAAGAAGGAACCAAAUUUAUUUCUGAAUCAGCUGAAAAAAUAUAAUGACAUCAUAAAGAACCUUAAAUAAAAAAAUAAAUUAUCUUAAUUAAAAUAUAAUUUUAAUGAUAUGUAAUAUGUGCCUUUUUAUUAUAAAUAUGAUGACUUAAGUCUGAUGUGCAUCGUGAACUGUUUUAAAAGCACUCUUUUUUAAGGUAUGAUCUUUGGUUAGAGAAGGUGUUUAUGUUUUGGGGUGUAUAUUUUUAGAUCCUGAUGAUCAACAGAACUAGGAGCCACUGUUCCAGCUAUAAUUGCUAUUUCUGUAUGGAAAGAAAAAUCCCAUGCCUCAGAUUUAUUUUACACAUAAAAAAAACGUUGCUCCCAAAAUGAUACAUACAAAACACCUGCUCUGCUUAAAAAGGUUAAAAGUAUAGGGUUAGACUGAAAGGUGGGAAGCAAGUCCAAAAACAUAAGGCCAGCUAGAUUGCAUAGAACUUGGAAUAGUGCAUCGAUGCAGCAAAAGGCUGUGCUCCAUUCCUCAGUCGAUUGGCAAAACCUGGAGCAAUUCCUCAGUAAACAACGGCCUUUAAAACACUUUUUCAUUUCUUUUCUUUUUUUUAUCCUCUGGCAGAAGACAUUUCCAUUCACAAUGUCAUGAUUGGCAUUGGAUAUAUUAACCCUGCAUCUGAAGUGUUCAUAUGUAGAGGUUAUGCAGUGGCAACAACGCAUGUUUUACCAGAAUAGAAUAAGAAGUAACGACAAUAAAAAAAGAAUAUCACGUGGGAGUAAUGCUUAUGAGCCCUACUGCGCUGAAUGCUAUUUUUCGGUCAUUAAUGCAAAAAUUGAGACAAACAAAUUUACCA